UUGUCUGGCUUAAUUCCACCUCGAACCACACAACAGUCCACUGAUCUCCAGAAGGAAUUUUCUGACUUAAUUCCACCUUUAACCACUCAACACUUCGCUGAUCUCCAGAAGGAAUUGUCUGACUUCAUUCCAUCUCGAACCACACAACACUCCGCUGAUCUCCAGAAGGAAUUGUCUGACUUAAUUCCACCUCGAACCACACAACACUCCGCUGAUCUCCAGAAGGAAUUAUCUGACUUAAUUCCACCUCGAACCACACAACGCUCCGCUGAUCUCCAGAAGGAAUUGACUGACUUAAUUCCACCUCGAACCACACAACGCUCCGCCGAACUCCAGAAGGAAUUGUCUGACUUAAUUCCACCUCGAACCACACAACACUCCGCUGAUCUCCAGAAGGAAUUGUCUGACUUAAUUGCACCUGGAACCACACAACACUCCGCUGAUCUCCGGAAGGAAUUAUCUGACUUAAUUCUACCUCGAACCACACAACGCUCGGCUGAUCUCCAGAAGGAAUUGUCUGACUUAAUUCCACCUCGAACCACACAACACUCCGCUGACCUCCAGAAGGAAUUGUCUGACUUAAUUCCACCUCGAACCACACAACACUCCACUGAUCUCCAGAAGGAAUUGUCUUACUUAAUUCGACCUCGAACCACACACCACUCCGCUGAUCUCCAGAAGGAAUUGUCUGACUUAAUUCCACCUCGAACCACACAACACUCCACUGAUCCGUGGCAGUCUUAA